UCUUCUUAUUUUCUAUAGGAAAGGAGCCUGUUUACAAUUUUUGGAGUUAUUAAGGAGUAUGAGUUUGAAAUUAGUCAGUGAGGAUGAAAUUUGAACUUCAAUUGGGAAUUAUAUGGGCUUUUUGGUAGUUUUAAAAAAGAUUUAUGUGCCUUGUUUUAAAAUUCAUUAGAAUCUCUUGGUCUAGAAAAGGUGUUGUCUAGAAAUUCUGGUUCUAAAAGGGGAUAGAGCUAAAUUUCUUGAUUAAUGACUUGAAGCAAACCAUAUAUCUGCAUUAGCUGAAUUUCCUCUGAUCCAAAUUCAGAUACUUGCUUCAUCUAACUUUGUUUGUAUACGAAAUAUAUGCUGGAUUCACUAGGACUUUCAAUUUAUUUUUCUUACAUAUCUCCAUAUUACUAGGUAAUACACUUCUUCGCAGAUCAAACAGCCAGGAUCCAUCUUCUUUCUUCCUACAUUUCAUUUAAUCCAAGCUAAAUUCAGGGUCCCUUGGUUUCCUUAGGGCAAAUAAGAAGAACUCUGUAUUGAACCAUAUGAAUGAUUUUCCUAUUGUUUUCUUUCUCUUGAGAAUUUUAUUAACCUGAGCUGGUGUAUGCUCUCCUUUAUUAAAAACUAGACACGAUGUAACUUAGAAAAUUCUGAACGAGAACCCGAGAAUGUCAUGUUCAAAUGUGAUGCUCGAGGUGCCAAAUGUGCUAUAAUUCCCUCCUUAGUUAAAACUUAAGCAAUUAAAAAUCGAUUUAAUACUUGUGUCCUAUGUAGCUCUAUAAAUGUCAUAGAUUCCAACUUCCCCCGGAAGCUAUAAGAAGGGAAACUAGCCAAGAUAAUAUGGAUAAUGCUUUUCAAGCUUUUUUUCUUCUUUUAUUAAUAGCUUGAGAAUACUUAGAUCUAAAGACAACCAUUUUCACCUGUCAGGGUACAAAGCCUUCUAGGUAAUUGCAGUUCUUGGAUCCCAAAAAGGACAACCUAAUCACUCUACAUUCAUUUUCACAAUAAUAGUUUGACAAUUAUUUGGCUAUCAUUCAAAGUGUUUGUAUAGUAUUAGUAUUGGAGUAACGCUCGCAACUUUGUUCUUUACCGAUAAGAAUUAAGGCAUCUCAAUCAUGUCGAGCCAGAAACUACCUCAAUCGCUUUCCUUACUCUUCUUUUCUCUUCCUUUUGGGUUAUCUCUAUCUACACGAAUCUCUUAACUCCCUCACAUAUGGAUGUUUGUGUUUUUCUUUCAAAGGGAUUCCUUAUGAGCAUGUUCUCUAGGCAGAAGGUAUAAAAUUGAGUUAUCGACAAUAAAACUUAUAAGACCAGCCUUCACCUGUAGGUGAGAAUAACAAUGGGAUUUGUAAUUAAAAGACGUGUAUUGUCAAGUCAGUUUUAGAAGAUGGCAGGGGAGUAUCUGUCACCUUCUCUCUCUUUUUUCUUUUCCUGUUUUUGUUCUCUUUUCAAGUAAACACUAACCAUUCUCUCAUAUUGAUGACAUUAGGCCGUUUUAAACUGAGGGGAAUAUUGUCUUUAACAUAAUAGAUUUUUCUGUUCAACAUCGCGCUACAGGGUUGUCUUCGCCGUUCCUAAUAUCCCUCCAGAUAAGGUCAAAUUGAUGCUGGUUGAUUGUCACCUUAUGUUAUUAAGUUUGGUAAAAAUUUUGAGUAAAAUAUUGUUCAUUAUCGCUGGAACACUGAAACCAGACUAGAUAUUUACUUACUAUGUUACUAUGAAUUUCGAGUUAAACUUCAUAUUUUCCCCCCCUUUAUUUUCUUAUGCGUCAUUUUCCAUAGUCCUCACAAUGAUUAGUAUUUAUUUGCUUCACUUUUAGGAUACUUUACAUUGAAUCAUAUCAAAGAAAUCACAUUUAUCUUUAGGCCAUUUGUUUUUAUAUCGAGUACCUGGUUCUGCAGGGGUAUGCGUUAAAAGCUGCAUUUGUCGUGAAUAGGGUUUGUGAUGUAUUGUCAAUUAAUUUAUUCAUGUUAACACUUUAUACUGUUAUAUUCCAUAGAUUGACCCAUGCUAAUCUCCAUAGUUCCAUACUGUUACAAUGUCAUUAAGCAAGUUCACACUAAAAGAAUCUGGUGACUUCCAGAGAAAGCAAUUACCAUAAAAAUAUGCUAAAUAAUUUGUGGAUAAUAAAUGACCUCAAGCACCUAAUGACAACUUGUUGAGAUUAACAAAUUUUUUCAGGUUGGUAACAUGAAAUUGUCUGAAUCCUAAUCCCCCGGAAAACACUGUGGCGUGUGGUAUAUCAGGUGAUGGGUCAGUACACGUUACCUGACACUUUCUGAUAUUUUCUUGAAGAACCAGUUUAAUCCUAAACAAUAAUUUUGAGGGUGCAUCAGAUCCCAAGUAUUUCUGAACGAUAGUCCUAAGUUCAUGAGAAGUUUCUCUGCUAGUUCCUAAUAUUUGGUGGUAUUUACUAAAUAUUACCAUUUGACUAAAAGCCAUUUAAUUUUAAAAUUGACUCUUUUUUUAUUUCUCUUUUAUGCUAAGCUAGUACAACUGCCCUUGAUACUUACUAAAAAGAAAUUGUGAUGGGUUCAUAAGGUCCUAUAUACUUCUAAAUAAUAGGUUAGAAAAAGUUAUUAAUAUUUUCUAGUUACUCGCAUUUUUAAUAUUUAUUAAAUGGAGCCAUUUGAACGGAAUGCAUUUGUAUUAAAUUGACUCUUUUUCCCCCCUCUUCUUGAAUAAUAUAUCUUGCACAUAAUAUCUAUCCAGAAAUGGCAAAACGCAUAGAAUUGAGGAUGCAGAUGUCUUGUUAACACAUUAUUUCAUGCACUAUUUUGAGAAAAAUCCCAUAGGUAAUACGGAUUCUUAACAAUACAAGUAGGAAAUGUAGAAGUUGAAUGGCUUAACCAGUAUUUACACUUGUAAGUAAAACAGCAACAAUUAUAAUAAUAAUAACCAGUACUUCAGUGCACACAUCAUAAAAAACAAUAACUAGUACUCCAGUGAAUGUGUGCAUGACACAAAUGGUCGGGAAAAUGUUGUAAUCAGAUAGUCAAGGAAAUGGAUAAAUAUGAUUUUGAGUAUUUUUCUAUUUUCUUUGAGAUUUUUUUAAGGACAUUUCUGUGAUUUUUUCCCAAAUGUGUGGAAAUUCCCUUUGAAUUUUGUUAAGUGUGAGGGCAUUUUUGUUCAUUUAAAAGAGCAUUUAGAAUUAGUUUUUCCAAACAUAUUUUUGUAAUUCAAAAGUGUGGCUCACAAUGACCAAAAAGGAGGCUUUUCUUAAUAUAUAGUAUAGAUAAACAAAUGACUUACACAAAUGGUUUCUCACUCUUCAGGCAUGGGUUUGAAACUGCAACCCUCUAGUAAUCUCUUGACCACUUUUCUAAAGAAUAACCAUGAUGUGGGAGCUCUAAUUUUCACAUCUCAAGAUACCAAGCUCGACCUCAACAAUAGAUCGCGAAAGUUGGUUGGCUCAACUGGUUUUGAUCAGAUUCCAGUGUCAAUGGAAAGAGUCCUUGAACAAAACAGCAAAGAACGUAUGAGGAAUACUAUGAUGAGGCAAGAAGAGAUCUUCAAACAGCAGGUUCGUGAACUCCACCGGCUAUAUCGAGUUCAGAAAAUGCUAAUGGCUGAUAUGAGAACUAGGGGGACACAGCCCCUCUUGCAUUCAACUGCCACUAAUCCGAGAGCAGUCACAGACUCGAAGAACAAAUACUGGAGCAGUUCAUCAACAUCAGAAACAAGUCACUCUUCAUACAUCAGCAAUCAAUACCAAACCACUCCACAACUAAAAUCCAAGCACAAUUCAAUAAAGCAUAAGGGCUUCGAUCUCAAAGGACCUACUGAAGAGAAAGCUGCCAUCUCUUGUGUCCAAUCUAAGGAAUUGUGGGCUGAUGAGGAGUGCGAUAUUGAUCUAUCUUUAAGUAUUGGAUGCAGCUCGAGCAAGAAGAAACCGAAUAAUUGGAUUCAUCCGGAGCCAACAAGUGAAAGAAGGCAGCUUCUUUCGUCUAAUACAGGAGCUAGACUAGAAAGAGGGGAGGAAUGCAGUGAAAGAGAAAGCUUACAGAGGCCUCCUUGGCAUCUCCAAGCAAUGAGUUUGAACAGAACAUAGUUCGAUUCUUUGUAAAAGUCUUUGAGGCUUUGAAAAUAUAAGAAACCGGGACAGAACUUGAAUCCAAACUUAUAAUGUGCGUCGGAACUGAAUACCUUAACUGAGACCAGAUGUCCAGACUCUCUCAGUGGUGGAUUAAUUUGGUUUCAGAAGAGGAUGAUUCAAGUUUUAUCAGCUUAGCUUCUUCUACACUGCUUUCUUGAUUCAAGUUGUUCACGGGAGGAAGGAUAAUGACCAAUAACAAGAUGACUGCUAUAUUUUAACUCUUCGCUGACAGGAAAUUUGCUGAGGAUGUAAAUGUAAGCCAUUGUAAUUUUUUUCAUUGAUAUAAUACUUAUUUCUUUUGUUAUUUCUUUUUUCUUUAAUUCCGACUUCUAUGUUUUGAAUAAUGGGACGUUUGUUUACAAUGGGAACUAGCAGUAGAGUCAUUCAUUUGUUCACUUUAAAUGUUAUAGUUUGAGUUUGUAUCGUUA